AUGUCGGGACCUAUCUCACAUCUCCCAAUCCGUCCAUCUCUAGCUCAAAGUUCUUCAGUGAUGAAACAGAUCAGAGCUCUACAUGCUGGUCCUUUCUUUCCCCCAUCCUUCACCUCCACACGCCUCACACAGAAGCGUCCGAGACUACCUCAAGCUUCCGCGAUCCAGCAUCAAGUUCGAACAGUUAUACCCACCACCCCUUUCCGCCCUCCUCCGACCAAAAGUCUCAAUGCAAUCACCGCACGAGAGAAGAUCGACGAGAUUCACGAAUUCGCCGCAAGAUUUGAGGCAAGUUUCCAAGAUAUGGAAGCGGCAAAGCUAGAUCUCGAGAUGAUAAAGCUCGACAUCGCGACCCUCAACCGAAAGACUUCCGACCUUAUUACUUUCGAGCAAAAGGCAUUUCGAAAGCUUCAAAAUUCCGAUGCAAUAUGGGGCGGAGAUUUAACAGACACGGAAUCCGCAAAGCUAGACCUGAACUCGAUAAAGCUCGACAUCGCAGCCUUAAACCAAAAGACCUCGGACCUCAUUGCCGAGCAAGAAGCUUUCAACAAGCGUAUGAUCUCAGAAACUACCCGAAGCAAAGCAUCUGAGCUCACUGAAGGGCCCGGAGAUUACGCUUUCUAUUCUAAGGAGACGGUGACUGAAGCCCAAAAGGAUCCAUGUAUGAAAUGCGUUCCGUGCGGGGUUAUCCUGGUACUUCUCACUCUUCUUGCUUUCAAAGCCCAUCGUGAGCCUGUAGAGGAGAAGAUAAAGAAGGACGAGCCAAAGCCGGCCCAGUCGGAACCAGAGAGCCGUUUGGGGAAAAAGAUCGUUCUUCCUGGCUUCAACUAA